AUGGAUACCUUUACAUCUGCCUCAUUUAUCGACUUGACGAUAAAGUCAAAGCUCUACCUUGUCGUCUUUCCCACGAAGUUUCCUCCAGAGGGAGAAUGCGAUGAAAAAGAUAUCGAUAUCGGCUUCACUAAUUCUCCGACUGUAGGGAAACUCAUGGAGAGAUCGACCACGGACCCCGACCUGCCAAGAUGGGAAUUUGUGGACCUGAGUCAAUUGAGCGAGACCGCCAAGGAGCUGAUAUUGACGAAGCAUAACAUCAAGAAAGAAGACCGCGUGAAGCUGACCGGGUGGGACGAAAAAAGCUUCGGCUUAUGGGUCACUCCUCGACUACUCUCCGCACUGGAACUCGCCAAAGUAUACAACAUACAAUACGAAUGGAAUUCCAGCGAAAAAUGCUUUGCAAAGACCGGUCACACAAACAAGCACGCUAUUGCGGGUAAGGUUAAAGCUGCCGAGCGCCUGGGUUGGAGGUGGAAAAUAAAUGUGACGGUUAUCCUAGUGAAGAACGAGGAAGAGCUUAGGAAGCUGCGGCAUGAGGAUGGGGGGGCUAAGCUGAAUGCGCCAUGGGAAUACGAGUGUGAGGAGGUCAUAGGUUGGAUUACAGAUGGCUUAACUCACACCAUCGAACCUCUACGCAACGCUUCACUGCACCACACUGCAUCCAUUAGGUUACCAUCACCUAUCGCGACGAUGCCGCACAUCUCUUCAAUGUUCUUUCCCGAACAUCUUUCCAUAGCAGGCGUCAUCCUUAGCAACGGAAGGAGUGAGGGCAUCACGAACCACGUAUUCCUGAAAACACUUGUUGACGAACUCGUCGAAAAAUCGGGCUUCCGUGGAUGGGAAGCAGGAGAUCUACUUCACGUUACGAGAAAAGCGGUUAAAAGAAAGAAAGAGGAAUACGAAGACGAAGGGCCAGUAGAGAUCCUUGGCGAAGAGUGGAAGGCUAAUGAUAAUGAUGGUCGGUGGGCUACUCCUGGAUGUGAGUAA